GAAGGGGAGGGGGCCCCGAAAGAAAUAGGAAUAAAUUUUAGUAUAUUUUUUGGGGUGUGCGUGUGUGUGAGUGAGCGGGAGUGUGCGUGCCGGCGCGCGCGCGCCCUUUUGCAAUUCCAAAAUUAAUGGCCAUGAGUUCGUUCUUGAUCAACUCCAACUAUGUGGACCCCAAAUUCCCACCAUGCGAAGAAUAUUCCCAGCACGAUUACCUUCCCAGUCAUUCUCCGGAAUAUUUCGGCGGCCAGAGGCGAGAGGAGAACUCUUUUCAACCCGAGGCGUUGUACCCAGCGCGGUCCGCCUGUAACCAACCAUCCUAUCCUCCAUGUCAGGGCUCUGGGCACCCGGCAUCGGUCCUGUCUCCCAGGAGCCAGCGUGUCCAUGCUCCAGCUGGACUUCAAAACCAUCUCUCCGAAUCAAACCACACUUGCGAAUCCAUCACGCCAAGCCCACCGCCUUCCUGUAGCCAAAACUCUCUCAACCAAAGCCCGUCCUCUUGCAAAGAACCGGUAGUUUAUCCUUGGAUGAAGAAGGUUCAUGUUAGCACGGUCAACCCCAACUACGCGGGAGGGGAGCCGAAGCGUUCCAGAACAGCAUAUACCAGGCAGCAAGUCUUGGAGCUGGAGAAGGAAUUCCACUACAACCGCUACCUCACCCGGAGGCGGAGGGUGGAAAUCGCCCACUCGCUUUGCCUGUCCGAGCGCCAGAUCAAGAUAUGGUUUCAAAACAGGAGGAUGAAAUGGAAAAAAGACCACAAGUUGCCCAAUACUAAGAUCCGUUCCAAUUCUGCAGCCAGCCUCUCGGCGCAAGGCGCGGGAGGAGGUGCCCAGGACCGAACCAAUGGACCAACCCCAAACCCCACCGCCACCCCGACCACCACCACCCUAUAACUGGCCUUUGAGCGUGGCGGCCCACGAGUGUGUGUGCGUGCGUACGUGUGUGUGUGUGUGCAGAUCUAUGUGCUUAAGAACUGAUGUGUGAAAGGGAGGGAGGCCUGGUAGUUUUCCUGUUCCUGAGGGAGAAACAUGGGGGCGUAUGGGGGGAGGGGACAAGGGGGUGGGUGAACUGGGACCACUAUUUAUACGAGGGGAGAAGAAACAAAGAAGGAUGAGAGGGUUGGGGGGGUUUUGCGGGGGAGGGGGGGUUAGUUCUUUGGCCGGAAAGCAGGGUUGCCGUGUUUGGGGGGGUAGCUCCUCUGUUCUAUAGGAGAUGGGGUUUUCAGAUUUGGCUAAGAUGGAUCCCUUUUUCAUCCUUAAUCAAGCCAAACUCGGGCCCAUUUGUCAUGUUUACUCUCGCGUACAAACGAAGGACCUUAUGCCAACCAUUAGCGCGACAGCUAGAGUCGUCUUUAAUAAAUGAGGCCCGGUUUCACCUAAGGAGAACUGGACUCUCGCGCGCUCUCUCUCUCUCUCUCUCUCUCUCUCUCUCUCUCUCCCCUUUCGAACACCCGCUUCUUCCACCCUACCCACCCCACUAGCCAGAAACCCCAGUUUAAACCCAGCCAUUUACCCACAAGGCGACAGAAAAGUGUUGUUGGCAUCUGCUUAACACAGCUCUAGAUAGGAGAGGGAUUGGAAAGGGG